UAACACAAACUACAAAAUGUGCCAGAACAAGAACAUCGUCAUCAGCAACAUGAACACCAAACCCAACAAGAAGUCGUACAGCGUGAAGAAACUGCUGCAGAAGAUCUUCAAGCAGCAACAGGUCGAGGAGCAGCAGAACAUGCAAAACACACACAAGGCCAACUCAUUGGAAUCUCUGGAGUCCAUUGAGAACAGCCGCAAUGCUGAUCUUGAAUCGAUUGCCAACAAAUCCUGCUGCGCCGUUUCGAUGGAGUCCUACGAGAACGAAGCCAACGAACGUCUCUCCGCCUCCUGCGAAAUGGAGGACUACGAGUACGAGCAAAUGCCCACAGUUCCCGUUCACUUUGUGCGCACCGCUCAUGGCACCUUCUUCUGGACCGCCACCUCCGAUCUGCCCGCCGACAACGAUCUCAUCGAGCCACUGUACUGCAGCACCGCCAACGAAAUAGCCGUCGCUCAGUUCCAGGAUCGUUGGGUGCAAGCCUAAGGCAAACAUCGAACCACCAUCGAGCACCACACAACACAGCAAAAAUUGUCUUCCAUUUGGAGCCAGCGGUUCCAGCAUCCAGCUUUAAAGCGUCUUCUGUUAAUUUCAAAAAAAUUAACUGCAAGUUGCAAAACUCAACUGAGCUUUACAAAAAAUUGUGAUAAAUUUUAACUAAUAUUUUUACAAAAAUAUAUAUACAA